AUGGCCUCCUCCAUCGUAUCGUAUGAUUCUGUCCAUGUUGCUCAUGAAGGUUACUUGGAAAAAGCAAAGAAAUUUUUCAAAUACGGUGAAGAUUUCAAUCCUCAAGAAAGCUUUUAUGGAAACGCUCUUCAGGCUGCCGCAGCAGAACGAAACGUAAAAGUUGUGAGACGACUUCUCAAAGCAAGAGCAGAUGUCAACGCUGAAGGAGGACAUUAUGGAAACGCUCUUCAGGCUGCGGCAUAUGCCAACAGCUUAGAAGUCAUUAAUAUGCUUCUCGACGCUGGGGCAGAUGUCAACGCUAAAGGGGGCCAUUAUGGAAAUGCGCUCCAGGCCGCAGCACUGAUGGGCAGUUUUGAAGCUCUGGAAAGGCUUCUCGAAGCCGGGGCAGACGUCAACGCUGAAGGAGGCCAGUAUGGAAAUGCCCUUCUAGCUGCUACAGCAUUAUCCAUCGACUCAAAGGUUGUGGACAAACUUCUCGAAGCCGGGGCAAAUGUCAACGCUAAAGGAGGCCAGUACGGAAAUGCCCUUCAGGCUGCUGCAGUGCAAGGUGAUUUUGAAGUUGUGGAAAGGCUUCUUGAAGCCGGGGCAGAUAUCAAAGCUCAAGGGGGUAGAUUUGGAAGUGCCUUUCAGGCUGCAGCAUGGAGCGGCGACUUACAAGUUGUGGAAAAGCUUCUCGAAGCUGGGGCAGAUGUGAACGCUGGAGGAGGCGAGUGUGAAAAUGCCCUACAGGCCGCUGCGUAUUCUCGGAGUUUAGAAGUUGUGAACAAGAUCCUCGAAACCGGGGCAGAUGUCAACGCCGAAGGAGGCCAUUAUGGGAAUGCUCUUCAGGCUGCAGCAUAUGCUGGCGGUUUAGAAAUUGUGAACACGCUUCUCGAAACCGGGGCAGAAAUCAACGCCGAAGGUGGUCAUUAUGGAAAUGCUCUUCAGGCCGCCACAGGAUCAUGGAUGAGCAAUUUGAAAGUUGUGAACAAGCUUCUUGAAGCCGGAGCAGAUGUCAACGCCGAAGGAGGCCAGUAUGGAACUUCCCUCCAUGCCGCAACAACCAGAAAGGCCACCGACAUUGUGAAAACCCUUAUCAAGAACCAUGCCCGUGCGAACAUACGGGAUUUUGAUGGGCUCUACCCCCUUCAACUUGCUAUCCAGCAACGAGACUCUAAGACUAUAGAUGAGCUUCUUCCAGAAAGCAGAGACUGCCUGAUGUCAAUCAAAGCAUCUGAGUGGAGAUCAUGUUUACGGGGCUCUACUAACCAUCUAGAAUUAUGGUACAAUCCGUCUCCAGUCAUCAAGAACGUACCAGAGAAGGCUAUCCAAAGCAGAAAUUAUCCACUCAGCUUUGGAAAUGGUAGGAUGACGGCAGUCUCCAAUGAUUUUAUGGUCACUGAUGUAGAUUCCAAACGAAUUUUUCUUCUUGCGGAUGGAAAUCUAAUAUCUUCGCCGGAUACUGGGUUUUAUUGUCGAUGGUGGGAGAAGGUAUUUUCCGCAUACGUAGGAUGGGAAUGGAAGUCUCAUUCUGGGGUUUUUGUGAACAAAAAAACCUUGUCUGGGUUCCUUAAAGAACACUAUUUUGUUGAGUGCCGUUUUACUAGCAUUUCUAUUGCGUUACCUUCACUUGAAGACUCUAUCUGGUCUGAUACCGAUGCUCUGUGGGACUUUGACGAGCUCCGGAAAACCCACGGGAUUCUUUGGAUUAUGACUAUGAGCGAAGACACUUCAAAACACGGGAAUAUUCUAGAGUCUAAGGCAUUCUUCAGCACGUCCGAAUAUGCGCAAGUGCCACCCUAUGCCUCGGCGCUCUUACUUCCGCUGGUUGAAGAACUAGAAGACAUAUGGAAAGGAACCUUCCAGCGAGCAGAAGAACGUUUGUCAAACAUGCGUAUCAAAUUACUCAAGUCAGAAGGGUUGAAUUCCAAACUGAUCCGCAGCUUGCUAAAUGAUUCCCUACUGUGGGAUGAGAUAGAAAAGACUUUCGAGAAGCAAAUCUUGGAUUUGGUUGAUUUUGACCAACGGCUACGAAGCUUAAGUUUACUUCACGAGAUGAACCGGGCUGUAUCGGAAGAUGCAGGCGAAAGACUAGUCGAGCGAGUGGAAACCCCAGAAAUGAAGGACAUGGACAACUUUUCGAACAGAAUAGAUGAUCUGAGGAUAUUGAAACACGUGAAACUUCCCAUGUUGAAAGAGACUUCUCAAAACCUCAUUCAACUGGUAUGA